CCGACUCGUCGUACGGACGCUUCCCCGCGCAAACGUACCGCGAACGAAAGUUUGUGUUAUAGGUAUUACUUAUAUGAUUUUCAUUGUAAAAAUAAAUAAAUUAAUAAACAUAAUUGUAGUUGGAAUAAGUGAUAAGAGUUUGAAGAAUUAUUAUUGUUAAAUUAAGUUGAUUGGACUAAAGUUUUUUUCCGUUUUGGAGUUUAUAAACGUUAUUUUGAAGACAUUUUGUCGAAGUGAAAGUGAAUUUGAUUGCAUCGCCAUGGUGGAAAGCCGUAGACAGCAAUAACGUUAUCAAAGCAGUUGAAGACGCAUGACGAAACAUGGACAGCGCAGGCAACAAUACCACAUUAUAUGACGAUGAUUCGUUGUACCCAAGCGAAUUGGCCCUUCACAGAGAAUUCAGCCCGACUGAAAGUGUUCUCAAAAACUACAUACCAUGGCCGAUAGAAAAAUGUCUGGAAACGUUUCUUUCUAACGACACACAUCCUGAUGACGUCCCCAACCGUGUUUAUGAAUACAAUGGCACGCAAGUCUUGUGUUUGGAGCAUGCCCCAGUAUUGACUAAAAGUACCCUUAUUAGAGCGAGUGUGUUAUCUGCAAUGGCAAUUCUAUCGUUCUUUGGCAACUUGGCAACAAUUAUAAGUAUACAGAAAGGAAAAAGAGGUCGAGGGAGAGCAAGACCGUCGUGGACAGCGAUUUAUAGUUUGAUAUUUCAAUUGAGUAUAGCUGAUUUGUUGGUGACUGUAUUUUGUAUUGCUGGUGAAGCAGCGUGGUCGUUUGCGGUGCAGUGGUACGCUGGGAACAUAGCUUGCAAACUGUUCAAGUUUCUGCAGAUGUUUGCUUUGUAUUUGAGUACUUUUAUUCUCGUGCUUAUCGGAGUGGACAGAUGGCUUGCUGUGAAGUAUCCGAUGCGAAGUAUGGCGACUGCAACAAGAAGUGGUAGACUUGUAAUUCUCGCGUGGGCGCUGAGUUUUUUCCUAAGCUUGCCACAGGCAGUGGUAUUCAGUGUAGCUCAAGGGCCAUUUGUUGAAGAGUUUUAUCAGUGCGUCACACAUGGGUUCUAUACACAGCGGUGGCAAGAGCAAGCAUACACUACGAUGUCAUUGUUCUUCAUGUUCAUAUUCCCUUUAAUCGUGCUUAUAGCAACGUACGUGUCCACAGUUAGAACUAUUGCAAAGAGUGAAAAGGUAUUCAAACCCGAAGUGCGGAGGCAGGAGAAACAUUUUACUCCAGAUAUGAAUAGGAGAAGGCUCAUUGACAGAGCGAAGAUGAAAUCUUUGAGGAUGUCUGUUGUAAUAGUAGCGGCUUUCCUAAUUUGGUGGACGCCAUAUUACGUCAUGAUGAUUAUAUUUACAUUCCUUAAUCCUAACAAAGACCAAAGUGAAGAAUUACUCAGUGGGAUUUUCUUCUUCGGGAUGUCGAACAGUCUAGUCAAUCCUGUCAUCUACGGAGCAUUCCACUUAUGGCCGAAGAAGAAUCGAUCUCAUCGACACAGUGACAGGGAAUCCGGUGGUCAUCACGCAUCGCUUCUUCGACGUGGUGACAACAACACUUCCUCGAUUCGACUGACGAUGAACAACCGUUCAAUGAGGUCCUCAACCAAGUACUCCAACGGUCAUAAUGUCAGUUUAUUAUAACCAUUACGGAAAACUGUGAAUAAUCGGGUACUAACAAUACCUGAAGAGACCAUGCAUAUAGACUCAAACCGACAAAUCACUUGUGUUGUGUGUAUUGAAAGACAGAGAAUGAGAAGUCGUUUUAAUUACGCAGACUUUUAAGUGUAAAUUUUAAGUGAUUUAAGUAACUAUUUUAGUAUUGUAUAUAGUGUACAUAUUUUGAUUACGAUGUCGUUGUAGUGUUUUCUAAUAAUAUGAGGGUGAUUACACAUCUAGAUACACAAAUAAUUUAUGAUGUAAAUACUUGAGUGAAAUGCACAGCACGCAGCAUUAGAGUAAGGCUUACUGUUACUGUCCACGUUGCAUUAUUUUACGAAUGUACGCAUUCGUCUUUGUCCAUAGGCAGAUUUGACAUUGCCGCUUGAUCUAGCAAGUUUUCAUUGUUUCUAAGCAAGAUGUAGCAUUUAUUAUUUGUAGGCCGGCUAUUGUUUGUAACGUAUGUAUGCAUUCGUCGAAUGACAUGACAAUAUGGACAGUUACUCUAAGUGUUAUAGUUAGUAUAUGGAUGGAAUUAGAUGCUUUUUUUUAAGGGGGGAAAAUCAUCGAAUGACUGCUCCCGCCUGGGUGAGGCGGG